AUGAAGAUAUUUUUUAUCCCUAUGGAUGCUUUUGGCCAUGUUAAUGCUUGCAUAGGCUUAGCACGCAUGUUGAGUGAGUUUGAACAUCAAUGUAUUUUCGCUGUUCCUAAACGAUGGUGUAAACCAAUUGAGGAAUACAAUUUUAAGGUUGAGAUUGUAAAAGAUCCAACAGUGCCUGAUGAUCAGGAUCUACAAAAAAAGAAUGGUGACUUCGUGAAUCGUUAUUCUCAUACACUUAGCAAAACUCCUAGGGAACAGUUUAUUGAGCUGCUCAUUCCUUCAAUUAAUCGAGAUAUUCAUUAUGCAAAGAUAAUUGAUGGCCAAAUACCAACCAUUCUUGAAUCAAUAGACCCAGAUUUAAUCAUUAUUGAUUUUUAUGUGACACUUCCUUCAGUCGUCAAUUCAGGCAAACCAUGGAUCCAUCUUACCUCGUGUAAUCCUCUCAAUUUAUAUGCAGGACCGAAUGUACCACCGUCUUGUUUUGGUUUAUCAAUUGAUACUGAUCCAGACACAGUAAUCAGUUAUAAACAGUUUAUUGCUGAAUCUAUGAAAGAUGUUAAAAGCGACUUCGAUGAAUGGCUCGUUUCUAAAGGAGUGAAACCUGAACCAUUUGCCAUUUCAAAGUCAUCGCCUUAUCUUAAUGUAUAUUCAUUCCCAUCAGAUCUGGAUUAUUCCGAGUUCGGUCCAGUUCCUGAUAAAUGCUUCAGACUAGAUCAUAUGGUGCGGUUAGUUCAAGAAGAUCCACUCGGUUUUGAUGAAAAGUUUUUCGAUCGACCAGGAAAGAAAAUCCUUUUUAGUUUAGGUUCAAUGGGAGCUGCAGAUGUUGAACUCAUGAAACGACUUGUUGGUAUUCUUGGCAAAUCAAAACAUUUGUUCAUUGUUUCAAAAGGACUAUUCCAUGAUAAAUACGAGUUGCCCGAAAACAUGAUUGGUGCUAAAUUUCUCAACCAAAUGGCUAUUUUACCCAGAGUUGAUCUGGUAAUACAUCAUGGGGGUAAUAAUACGUUUGUUGAGUCACUUUACUUUGGGAAACCUUCCAUUGUUUUACCGUUAUUUGGUGAUCAACAUGAUAAUGGCCGACGAGCUGAGGACAAAAAGAUUGGUCGAUCAUUUCGUCCUCAUCACGUUACUGAAGAUGAAUUGCUAAUGGCUAUCGAUGAGUUGUUAAAUGAUAAAGAAUUGAAUAAUCGAGUAUUGAAAAUAGGAGAAAAUAUUCGAAACUCAAAGAGUAUUGAUGAUUUCAACAAGAAAAUUGAGGAAAUUAUCAAAGUGCACAAAUAG